UAUUUUAUAAUUAUAUUUUAAUUAUAAUGUAUUUACUGGAAGUAGGGGAAAGCGCUUCUGAUAGUCAAUAUUUUUGCUAGUUGCUGUGGGCAACACAAGUUUGUUUGAGCGAAUGCUCGAGGGUGGAAUCGUUUUGUAAUGGGAAUCAACAUUUAGUUGAAUUUUGAGGAAUAUGUCGAAGGCAACAACAAUCAAGGAAGCAUUGAAACGAUGGGAAGACCGAGAACAGCAAAAUUCGCUGAAUGCCAAAAAUAUUGAUUUACAGUUUCAAUGGCCACCGAUCGAGAAAAUGGACAAUACACUUGGAACUCUGGUUAACUGCGAAAUUAGUAUGUCUACAAAUAUGAUUGAGAAAAUCUUUGGUCUCUCGGGCAUGAAAUCUCUGAAGGUCCUAUCAUUGUCGCGGAACUAUAUCAAGCAAAUAUCAGGACUGGAAGCUGUGGCUGAAACUCUGGAAGAACUUUGGCUCAGCUACAACCUGAUCGAAAAACUUAAGGGCUUGUCUGCUCUGAAGUGCCUAAAAGUGCUUUACAUAAGCAACAACCUAAUCAAGGACUGGUCAGAGUUCAAUAGGCUGGCCGAAAUCGAAUCCCUAGAAGAUCUAGUGGUAGUCGGCAAUCCUCUGUCGGAGGGCUUGGAUGAGCUCACGUGGAGGGCCGAGUGCAUCAAGCGCCUACCGACUAUACGAAAACUGGAUGGCGAGCCUGUGGUCCUCAAGGAGGAACCAAUAUUGUAAAUAAAUAACAGAAUAAUAAUAAUA